GAGAUCAAACCUUUUGUGGAGAAAGUGAAAGCUGUUUACGAUUCUGUUGCGGCCCUGGAUCACGAUGGGCUUCGUGCUAAGACACAGGAAUUCCGCCAGCGCAUUACAGACCAUAUAGCAGAGAACACACAACGCAUUGCGGAGAUUAAGUCUCAGCUGGAAACAGAAGAAGACAUUGACGCAAAGGAAGCUCUGUAUGAGGAAAUGGACAAGCUGGAAGAAGAUUCCAUUGCUAAAACAGAAGACCUCCUCAAUGAAAUUUUACCUGAAGCCUUCGCGGUAGUUAAGGAAACCGCCCGCAGAUUUUCAGAAAAUGAAACUCUGGAAGUACAGGCUACUGAUUUUGACCGAUCCCUGGCACCCAAACUGGAUGCUGUAAGCGUGGAAGGUGAUAAAGCCAUCUGGAAAAACCGUUGGAAGGCCGCAGGAAGUGAGAUUAUUUGGAACAUGGUACAUUAUGAUGUUCAGCUUAUUGGUGGGGUGGUUCUUCAUAAAGGAAAUAUUGCGGAGAUGGCAACGGGUGAGGGUAAAACCCUGGUUGCUACCUUGCCUGUAUACCUCAAUGCACUACCCGGAAAAGGGGUGCACCUGGUAACCGUAAACGACUACCUGGCUCGCAGGGAUGCCGAAUGGAUGGGGCCACUCUUUCAGUUCCACGGACUUUCAAUUGAUUGUAUUGACCGCCAUAAACCAAAUUCGGAAGAAAGAAGGCAAGCGUACCUGGCCGAUAUCACGUACGGUACCAACAAUGAAUUUGGCUUUGACUACCUGCGUGACAAUAUGGCUCGCAGCCCUGAAGAUCUGGUACAGCGAAAGCACAACUAUGCUAUUGUGGAUGAGGAUCAAAUGAAAGAGAUGCACAUUAUUGACGAUGAUCUCUACUUCACGAUUGAUGAAAAACAAAAUCAGAUAGACCUUACCGAAAAAGGAAUUGAUCUGCUUUCCGAAGGCAAAGAGAAAGCCGAGGAACGUGAAGAAAUGAUGCGUGAUUUCAGCAUUAAGUCUGAACGCAUUCAUACCAUGAACCAAUUACUUAAAGCGUAUGCUCUUUUUGAGAAAGACGUAGAGUAUGUGGUAAUGGAAAAUAAAGUGAAGAUCGUAGAUGAGCAAACCGGUCGUAUUAUGGAAGGCCGCAGAUACUCGGAUGGUCUGCAUCAGGCUAUAGAAGCGAAGGAAAAUGUAAAGAUCGAGGCGGCCACCCAAACAUAUGCUACGGUUACUUUGCAAAAUUAUUUCCGGAUGUACAAUAAGCUUUCCGGUAUGACGGGUACGGCUGAAACGGAAGCUGGCGAGUUCUGGGAUAUCUAUGAACUGGAAGUAACCGUAAUCCCUACCAACCGUCCUAUCGCCAGAGACGAUCGUCAGGAUUUGGUGUAUAAAACCAAACGUGAAAAAUACAAUGCCGUAAUUGAAGAAGUGACCCAGCUUGUAGAACAAGGUCGUCCGGUGCUGGUAGGUACUACUUCAGUAGAGAUAUCGGAGCUGUUGAGCCGUGCAUUGAAACUCAGAAAGAUCAGGCACAACGUACUGAACGCAAAACUCCACCAAAAAGAGGCAGAGAUAGUAGCCGAGGCCGGCCAGCCCGGAACCGUAACUAUUGCCACCAACAUGGCCGGUAGGGGUACGGAUAUUAAGCUGACCAAUGAAAGUAAAGAAGCCGGUGGUUUAUCUAUUAUAGGUACCGAGCGUCAUGAUUCACGAAGGGUAGACCGCCAGUUACGUGGUCGGGCCGGUCGUCAGGGAGAUCCGGGUAGUUCACAGUUCUUUGUGUCACUGGAAGAUAACCUGAUGCGCCUUUUUGGUUCAGAGCGUAUAGCCAAGCUUAUGGACCGUAUGGGUCUUAAAGAAGGUGAAGUUAUACAGCACUCUAUGGUUUCUAAAUCCAUUGAACGGGCACAGAAAAAAGUAGAGGAAAAUAACUUUGGUAUCCGUAAGCGACUUCUGGAAUAUGAUGACGUGAUGAACUCUCAGCGUGAGGUAAUAUACAAACGCAGGCGUCACGCCCUUUAUGGAGAACGUUUGCAGGUAGAUAUAGCUAAUAUGUUCUAUGAUACCUGUGAAAGCAUUGCUAACGAGCAUUUGGCAAAUAAAGACUUUGGAGCAUUUCAAUUGGAACUGGCCCGGGUAUUUACCAUGGAGUCGCCCUUUACAGAAGAAGCGUUUAUGAAGGCCGGCCAACAGGAACUGGUCAACCAAUUAUACGAUGUUGUACUGAAGGCGUAUGGAGAAAAGAACCUGCGUAUUGCUGAAAUGGCUAAACCAGUCAUCAAAAACGUUUUUGAAAAUCAGUCGGAUAAGUUUGAAAAUAUUGUAGUUCCCUUUACGGAUGGCAACAAAGGUAUCCAGGUAGUAACCAAUCUUAAAAAGGCCCAUGAUUCUAAUUGUCGCCAGCUGAUCCGUGAUUUUGAAAAGAACAUAGUACUGGCCAUCAUUGAUGACAGCUGGAAAGAACACUUACGGGAUAUGGAUGACCUGCGUCAAAGUGUGCAAGGUGCUGUAUAUGAGCAGAAAGAUCCUUUACUGAUCUAUAAGUUUGAAGCGUUUGAACUGUUCCAGGUUAUGCGCGACAAGAGUAACCGGGAGGUGGUUUCUUUCCUUUUCAAAGGGCAGUUGCCUAAUCAGGAGAGCGGACAGGUGCAAAAAGCCCAGGCCCCAAGGCGCAGUAAUUAUGAUAAUCUUCAAACCAGUCAUCCUGAGCUUGCGGCCAGCGGAGGAGGAGGUCAUAGUAAUGGAAAACAGCCGCAGGCAACACCUAAGGCUCAGCCUGUGGUUAAAGAUAAGUCCAAGGCUUACGGCAGGAACGAUGUGGUAACCAUUCAAAACCUUACCACAGGGGAGAAAAAGGAGAUGAAGUAUAAGAAGGCCCAACCCAUGGUAGAAGAUCAGGGAUGGAUAGUUGUAGAAUAA